UCGGUAAAUCAGGACGGGCAUCGGGAGCACUGUAACUUUUGCGGGCUCGAAAAUCUGCGAAGUGUUCUUUUGGUCGCCAAUUGCCGUAGCAGCCGCGCUUCUUCUCCGCGUUUAAUCUCCACAGCCCACUAUCAUUUUUCUCAACGCUCCUUCCGUCUUCCACCUGCUCUUUAUCUCUCCUCAAUCCGCCACUACCGUGUGGGUUGAAAGAGUCGCUAAAGAAGCUUCUUCGCCUCCUUCGACGACGACGUAGGAUCGGAAGUCUAGACGGGAGCUCGCUCGCUGCGAAGCUAGUGGCUAUUUGCUGGAAAACGGUCUCGGAGAUCAAUCCUCGGCUUCUAUUUGUAAUCGAUGAACAUGGAGAAGAGUGAAGAUUCUGGUAGUCCUAGAUGGGGUGCUUCCUUUUUUCUCCAAACAACUGAAGAAGUUGCUAAUGUUGCCUCUUCAGCUUCAGCUUCAAAUGUCCGUUCCCCACGUCCAUCCGUUAUAUAUUCUUCUAAAGAUGAGAAUAGCAAUAGUCAACUUCAGAAACUACAGCGUCAUGUUGCCAGAGUGUUGAAAGGUUUUUCACCACCUCCUCAAGUGAAGAAGGGAGCAUAUAAUCCAGAAAUUCUUACUACUCAGAAGCGCCAAUGGGCGAGAUUUCAGUUGCAGACCUUGGAUCAAAAAUCUUUCAAAGAACCAACGAGGCUGUUUGAGAGCAUGGUUGUUGUUGGGUUACAUCCUGAUGCUGAUCUCAAGGCACUUGAGAAGGUAGCAAUGGGAAGAAAGAAUAGCGGCACAAAAAUAUCAACAAGUAUGCUGAAAGGUGAAGACCACGUUGAAGCUGAUAUCAAUAUUAUGCCACAGGUUCUGUUUGUAUAUCCUCCAGACAAACCGUUACCACUGAAGUACAAGGAUCUCCUUUCCUUUUGUUUUCCCGGAGGACUAGAGGUUCGUGCUGUUGAAAGAUCUCCGUCUUUAAGCGAGCUGAAUGAAAUCCUCCUUGGACAGGAACAUCUAAAGCAAAGAGAUUUGUCUUUUGUAUUUCGUCUACAGGUAAAGUAUACACACAAUCAUCACAAAUCAAAUCAACCAAAAUAAUGAUAAACGCCAGGU